AUGUACGAAUCAUUGAGCAGUCAAUUCGGAGUAUGGAUCGGCGCAAAGAAACAUUGCCAAAAGGUGGGGGUCGUUCGGAAGCACAAGGAACCUCCUGUGACUGAAGAACUACGGGCUGCACACGCACAGGAAACUGCAGCAUCUCGCCCCCACCCACAGCUUCUCUACGAGAUCGCUAAAGAGCGCAAGUGGCUUGAAGAUGAGUUGUUCACGAGCCCUAAUGAUAUUGACCAGGUUGCGUACCAAAAUGUCAAAGAAAGUUGGGUCAAGCAGAAGAUCUGGAAUCCCGAAUGGACUGGGAUGCCAGGAGACACGUGGAUGCACGAAAGGCUUGGUAUCGGCAAAAUACAGCGUUUGUUCCUCACAGCGGAUUGUGAGAGCAUGUUUUCUCCCCGUGUUGAAGUUAUUUCUGCUGACAACGACGACGACAACGUGGACCAAGAGAUGAACAGUGGUUUGUCUCUUCUCUCAGGUGCGAGACCUUGCACAAAGCAUGUCCCUUCAAGAAGCGAAGGCCAGCAAGCAGACGAAGGCGAAGCAGGUUUCAAUGUUGAUGAUGGUGGUAGCCUGGUGACGAUGAAACCUGAAACGUUGACCCAUCAGCUGAGACUUGGACCCGGCUCUGGAAAUCAGGAUGCCAGCACCUCACCUUGGUCGGGGCGGCUUCGACAGUGCAAACGAGUUGACUACAACGAGGACGCGGCGUCAUUUGGGGUGCGCCAGCCGAGUCCAGAUGUGACACUUCCCCGACAGAAGAAGUCCAACCCUGACGUCGCCGCCCACCACGAUCCCGAAGAAGGAGUUUCCAGUGACACAGCCACCUUUGCGAUUAAAGUUACAAAGAAGUCACUUCAGGCGAAAAAGCACAUCUCUAGGCAAACUGUCGAGAAGACUUCCUCUGCCGGUGCCGGUGCUCCCAAAACUCUUGCGCCAAAGGUGAGAAGUGAUCAUGGAGGACGAGAUAGUCUUCGGGUUACAAAGCGACGCAGAACAGACGAGGCCACACGUUUUGACCCUAAUUCACCUGCCUCUACACUACGAUCUAAGGGACCUCAGGGUCUCAAGAAAGGUCAAGCCAAAUGA